GGCGCGGGCGGGCGGCCUUAAAGGAGCAGCGGGCGGCUGGGCGCUUUGGCAUGGAGCGACGGGACGGCGGCGACGCGGGGCGCGCAGGGCCGCCCGGAGACCCACAGGCGGCCGCGGCGCUGCUGGCGCCCCUGGAGCUGGGUGAGGAGCCGCUUGAGAAGGCGCGCGCGAGGCCGGUCAAGGACCCCAACACCUACAAAGUGCUGUCGCUGGUUUUGUCAGUAUGUGUGUUAACGACAAUCCUCGGUUGUAUAUUUGGGUUGAAACCAAGCUGUGCCAAAGAAGUAAAAAGUUGCAAAGGCCGCUGUUUUGAGAGAACCUUCGGGAACUGUCGCUGCGACGCUGCGUGCGUGGACUUUGGAAACUGCUGCCUCGACUACCAGGAGGCGUGUUUAGAGCCGGGUAAGAGCGCGUCUAGAAGCGGCUGGCGGUCCGGGUGGCCGGCGAAGAUGGAAGAAAGCUCCGUGUCUUCCACGCUGUGGUUUGACACACCUCCUACCCUCUUAUUUUCUUUGGAUGGAUUCAGGGCGGAAUAUUUACACACCUGGGGAGGACUUCUUCCUGUUAUUAGCAAACUAAAGAACUGUGGAACGUACACGAAAAACCUGAGGCCGGUGUACCCAACGAAAACCUUUCCCAAUCACUACACCAUCGUUACGGGACUUUAUCCGGAAUCUCAUGGGCUAAUUGACAAUAAGAUGUUUGACCCUGAAAUGAAUGCUUCCUUUUCGUUUAAAACUAAAGAGAAAUUCAACCCCCAGUGGUACAAAGGCGAGCCAAUUUGGCUCACCGCUAGGUACCAAGGCCUCAAGUCUGGCACCUUCUUUUGGCCGGGAUCAGAUGUGGAAAUUGGUGGUAAUCUGCCAGACAUCUACCAUGUGUAUAACAGCUCCAUACCGUUUGAAAAAAGGAUCUUAGCUGUUCUUGACUGGCUACAGCUUCCACCAGGGGAAAGACCACACUUUUACACUCUGUAUUUAGAAGAACCAGAUUCUUCAGGUCAUUCCUUCGGACCAGUCAGCAGCGAGGUCAUCAAAGCCCUGCAGCGGGUGGACAGCAUGGUUGGCAUGCUGAUGGAGGGCCUUCGAGAGCUCAAGCUGGAUAAGUGCCUGAACCUCAUCCUGAUUUCGGACCACGGCAUGGAACAAGGCAGCUGUAAGAAGUAUGUGUACCUGAAUAAGUAUUUGGGAGAUGUUAAGAAUAUUAAAGUUGUCUACGGCCCUGCGGCUCGCCUGCGGCCCUCGGAUGAUCUCGACAAAUACUAUUCCUUUAAUUAUGAAGGCCUUGCCAAAAAUCUCUCCUGUCUCGAGCCCAAGCAGCACUUCAAACCUUACCUGAAACAGUUCCUGCCCAAGCGUUUUCACUUUGCCAAAAGCAACAGGAUCGAGCCCCUGAUGUUCUACCUGGACCCGCAGUGGCAACUUGCACUGAGUCCCACGGAGAGGAAGCCCUGUGGAGGCGGGUUUCAUGGCUCUGACAAUGUAUUUUCAAAUAUGCAAGCUCUCUUUAUUGGCUAUGGACCUGGAUUCAAGCACAGUGUGGAGGUUGACGCCUUUGAAAACAUUGAAGUCUAUAACUUAAUGUGUGAUUUACUGAACUUAACACCUGCUCCGAAUAAUGGAACUCACGGAAGUCUUAACCAUCUCCUAAAGCAUCCCGUUUACACCCCAGAACACCCCAAAGAAGUACAGCCCCCAGCGAGCUGCCCCAUCACAGGGACCCCCAGAGACAACCUGGGCUGCUCCUGUGACCCCUCGAUUUUGCCUAUUGGUGAUUUUCAGAUGCAGUUUAAUCUGACCAGGACGGAAGAGAAGAACGUGGACCGCGGAGCUCUGCCCUACGGAAGGCCCCGGGCUGUGGAGAGGAAGAGCGUGUGUCUGCUCUAUCACCACCAGUUUGUGAGCGGGUACAGCCGCGACAUCCUCAUGCCCCUCUGGACGUCCUACACCGUGGACAAAAAUGAUGUGCUCUCUGCAGGGGACUUCUCCAACUGCGUGUACCAGGACCUGCGGAUCCCCCUGAGUCCUGUCCAUAAAUGCUCCUUUUAUAAAAACAACGCCAAACUGAGCUACGGGUUCCUCACCCCCCCACAACUGAGUAAAUAUUCAAGCCAAAUAUAUUCUGAAGCAUUACUUACUACUAAUAUCGUGCCAAUGUACCAGAGUUUUCAAGUUAUCUGGCGCUACUUUCACAAUACCCUCCUGCUGAGGCUCGCCAAGGAGAGGAACGGCGUCAACGUGGUCAGUGGCCCCGUGUUUGACUCCGACUAUGACGGCCACAGCGACUCCGGGGAGACUCUGAGGCAGAACGGCAGGAUCAUCCGAAACCAGGAAGUUCUGAUCCCCACCCACUUCUUCAUCGUGCUGACCACCUGCAAAAACGCAUCCGGGACACCCUUGUAUUGCAGCGAUUUAGACCCCAUGGCCUUCAUCCUACCUCACAGGCCCGAUAACAGCGAGAGUUGCACCCAUGAGAAGAGCGAAUCAGCAUGGAUUGAAGAGUUGUUCAAGUUGCACAGAGCACGGGUUGCAGAUGUGGAAUAUGUCACCGGACUCAGCUUCUACCAUGAGAGAAAACAGCCUGUUUCAGACAUUCUCAAGUUGAAAACACGUUUGCCAACUUUUAGUGAAGAAGACUGAUUUUUUUUUAAUUCCCCCAAAAUCCAAACCAAAACCACACCAGGAGUCUUUCUGAGAGAAUCUUACACUUCAUACAGUCCCACACCCGCGCCGUCGCAUUGUUUAGGAAUUGGAGGCAGAGUCAGCACUGGGACUCCUCUGUGAUCCGAAUGUCUCAGGGAGCCUUUGUGCUGCGAGUGGCCAGGGGAGAUGUCCCUGCUAUGUCUGUCUGCUGGAGAGGACGUGUGAGGGGCACGUGCAUUGUCCUGGGAGGAAAGACAGGCCC